AUGGUCCUUGGUAUUUUUACAAUAACCGCAAUCCCAACCGUUGUCGGCGUCUCCCAAGGUGUAAGCGAGCAGAGGAAAACAAACCAGCGGCAAGGAGACGAAAAGCGCCUCGAGAAAUUCUAUCUCGAUGUCCUCUGUGACACUAAUUCUGAUGCGGCGAGAGGGCUUUAUGGGCGGAGAAUGGUGUUAAGGGAUAAUAAGAUUUAUCUCGAUUCCCCCUCAUCCGAGUCCCGUUCCAUCCCCAGCCGUACUGCCGAAGCCUUCUACAUCGCCUACCCAGACGACCAACGCAAACCUACCCUAGGGCUUGUCAGCACUAUAUCUGCCGACCCACCCAUGCUCAAUUGGAUAUAUCUUGACAGACACACACUGGAGCUCAAAUACGGUAACCGGACGCAGAGCCGCGAGCAUUUUGUCGGACCCUGGGAUUGGACGGAGGAUGAGAUGGGAUUGACACUACAUGAUAUCGAGGAAUUUGCAGCAGUAGAGGAAGAGGAGGGUAUUUGGGCGGUUUAUUUUGAUUGGGAUGGGGAUGGGUUGAAGGGGAGUGUUAGGAGGAAGAAGAAAGUGGUGGAGAUAAAUUUGGAGCGGCAUAUGGUCAAGCCAGAGGACGAGAGUGGGAAAGAGAUGGAAGACCAGGAGAAGGAGAAGAGAGGGUGA